AUGGCAGCAUGGGAAGCACACCGCCAGCGUUUGCAGGAGACACACGACAGGCGUCGCCAUGCCCUCGGCACUUCGUUGGUGGGCUCCGCCCUCACCGAACGCGGCAUCCCGACACUGCGCGGCCCACGUUUGGCCCAACGACAGGAACGGAGGCGCACGCCCGGAGCCCUGCAGGAAAGACCCUGCGCGAGGCGGGCCGGAGGGGGGCUGGAGCUGCGGCCCAGAGGACAGCACGAGUGGCCGGGGGUGCAGCAGGAGCUGCAGGCGGGGGGGCAGAAGGAGCUGCAGGCGGGGGGGCAGCAGGAGCUGCAGGCGGGGGGGCAGCAGGAGCUACAGGCGGGGGGGCAGCAGGAGCUGCAGGCGGGGGGGCAGCAGGAGCUGCAGGCGGGGGGACAGCAGGAGUUGCAGGUGGGGGGGCAGCAGGAGCCGGCCGGAGGGCGGCAGGCGCAUGAGGCGAUGGAGCAAGAGCUGCAUGGGCUGGAGGUGGAGAUGGAGGAGCCACAAGAGGAGGCGCGAGGGGAGCUGCCGGUAGGCGUGCAGGAGGGGAGUCAAAUUGGGAAUCAACCCCAGUCGCAGGAAGGGCGGCGGCAAGGGUGUCAUGAGGCGAACCAGCCCUUGACUGGAAGCGUACAACAGGGGUUGCCGAUGGGGGAGUCGCAGGAGUUGCAGGUGCAGGAUCAGCAGGGGGUCACUAGCCCGGGCGGCACGGGCCAAGCAGAAAGGCCGCGGGCGCGGCGCCGAAGGGGGCGACGACAGGGAGGGCAGAGGGCCGGGGGCCAGCCAGGGGUGACCGGAGCAUCCGAGGGAGUGAUACAGCCAGGGGGGCAGCCGGGGGUGACCGGAGCACCCCUGGGAGCGCUACAGCCAGGGGGGCAGCUGGGGGCGAUUGGAGCACCCCAGAGAGAGCAGCAGCCAGGGGGGCAGCCGGGGGUGACCGGAGCACCCCUGGGAGUGCAACAGCCAGGGGGGCAGCCGGGGGUGACCGGAGCACCCCUGGGAGUGCUACAGCCAGGGGGGCAGCCGGGGGUGACAGGAGCACACCAGGGAGCGCUACAGCCAAGGGAGCAGCUGGGGGCGAUUGGAGCACCCCAGAGAGAGCAGCAGCCAGGGGGGCAGCCGGGGGUGACUGGAGCACCCCUGGGAGUGCAACAGCCAGGGGGGCAGCCGGGGGUGACCGGAGCACCCCUGGGAGUGCUACAGCCAGGGGGGCAGCCGGGGGCGACCGGAGCACCCCAGGGAGCGCUACAGCUAGGGGAGCAGCUGGGGGUGACAGGAGCACCCCUGGGAAUGCUACAGCCAGGGGGGCAGCCGGGGGUGACCGGAGCACCCCGGGGAGUGCUACAGCCAGGGAGGCAGCCGGGGGUGACAGGAGCACAUCAGGGAGCGCUACAGCCAGGGGAGCAGCUGGGGGCGAUUGGAGCACCCCAGAGAGAGCAGCAGCCAGGGGGGCAGCCGGGGGUGACCGGAGCACCCCUGGGAGUGCUACAGCCAGGGGGGCGGCCGGGGGUGACCGGAGCACCCCGGGGAGUGCUACGGCCAGGGGGGCAGCCGGGGGUGACUGGAGCACCCCUGGGAGUGCUACAGCCAGGGGGGCAGCCGGGGGUGACCGGAGCACCCCUGGGAGUGCUACAGCCAGGGGGGCAGCCGGGGGUGAUCGGAGCACCCCUGGGAGUGCUACAGCCAUGGGGGCAGCCGGGGGUGACAGGAGCACACCAGGGAGCGCUACAGCCAAGGGAGCAGCUGGGGGCGAUCGGAGCACCCCAGAGAGAGCAGCAGCCAGGGGGGCAGCCGGGGGUGACUGGAGCACCCCUGGGAGUGCAACAGCCAGGGGGGCAGCCGGGGGUGACCGGAGCACCCCUGGGAGUGCUACAGCCAGGGGGGCAGCCGGGGGUGACCGGAGCACCCCAGGGAGCGCUACAGCUAGGGGAGCAGCUGGGGGUGACAGGAGCACCCCUGGGAAUGCUACAGCCAGGGGGGCAGCCGGGGGUGAUCGGAGCACCCCAGAGAACACAGCAGCCUGGGGGGCAGCCGGGAGUGACCGGAGCACCCCAGAGAACACACCAGCCUGGGGGGCGGCCGGGAGUGACCGGAGCACCCGAGGGAGAGCAGCAGCCAGGGGGGCAGCCGGGGGUGACCAAAGCACCCCACGGAGUGCUACAGCCAGGGGGGCAGCCGGGGGUGACCGGAGCACCCCAGGGAGCGCUACAGCUAGGGGAGCAGCUGGGGGUGACAGGAGCACCCCUGGGAAUGCUACAGCCAGGGGGGCAGCCGGGGGUGAUCGGAGCACCCCAGAGACCACAGCAGCCUGGGGGGCAGCCGGGAGUGACCGGAGCACCCCAGAGAACACACCAGCCUGGGGGGCGGCCGGGAGUGACCGGAGCACCCGAGGGAGAGCAGCAGCCAGGGGGGCAGCCGGGGGUGACCAAAGCACCCCACGGAGUGCUACAGCCAGGGGGGCAGCCGGGGGUGACCGGAGCACCCCAGGGAGUGUUACAGCCAGGGGGGCAGCCGGGGGUGACCGGAGCACCCCUGGGAGUGCUACAGCCAGGGGAGCAGCUGGGGGUGACCGGAGCACCCCUGGGAGUGCUACAGGCAGGGGGGCAGCCGGGGGUGACCGGAGCACCCCAAGGAGUGCUACAGCCAGGGGGGCAGCCGGGGGUGACCGGAGCACCCCUGGGAGUGCUACAGCCAGGGGGGCAGUCGGGGGUGACAGGAGCACCCCAGGGAGCGCUACAGCCAGGGGAGCAGCUGGGGGCGAUUGGAGCACCCCAGAGAGAGCAGCAGCCAGGGGGGCAGCCGGGGGUGACCGGAGCACCCCUGGGAGUGCUACAGACAGGGGGGCAGCCGGGGGUGACUGGAGCACCCCAGGGAGUGCUACAGCCAGGGGGGCAGCCGGGGGCGACCGGAGCACCCCUGGGAGUGCUACAGCCAGGGGGGCAGCCGGGGGUGACCGGAGCGCCCCAGAUAGAGCAGCAGCCAAGGGGGCAGUCAUUGGACGACCGGGAGCAGCAGUUGGAGGAGUGGUGCCGACUUUUGGAGUUUGAUACCCCCAUGGCGACUGCGGAGGAGUCAGAGGCGGACGAAGAACCUCCCAUGCAGCCUUCCCCAUGCCCUCGUUUUCUGUGUGACACGUGUUUUCACACGUUCGCUACGCGAGGGGCUGCUGCGAACCACAUGAGGGUAUGCCGGGCGGCUGAGGCGGAGAGGCGCGCGCAGGCACUUGGUUCGACCCCGUCACUGGUGGAGACCGACACGCAGGAGCGACCGACGCCGCGGGAAUUUGGGGACGAGGCGUGGGCCGGGGUUACGUCUUGGGAAUGGGAAGCAUUUUUCAGUGUGGAGGCGGUUGGAGGGAGGACAGUGCGCCGGAUCCCACAGCGGGCUCGCUCGGGGGUCUUAGAUGCGCUCUGUUGCGUCUUAAAGCGUUUGAAGAGCCGGCCGGGGGAUGAAGCCGCUACCCUCCUACUCUUGGCUUUUCCGCGCCUCAUCCUAGCCGUGCCUCCCAAGCCAGGCAUAGGACAGAAGGCGGUGAUCAUAGAGCGGUUGGGGGCGUUUUGGGAGGGGAGGUGGCGGGAGCUGUUCGACUCCGCCAUGGUGGCGGCGCGGCCAGCAGUACGCCCACUUGCCUACACUUGCUCUGACCAGGACCCGGAUGCCAUCCCCCUGUCACGGUGCCGAUCUCGGUGUAAAGUGGGAGAGUGGAGCCGCGGAUUGGCUUGCCUUACGGCAGGGGAGUUGGCCCGGCCGUCUGAGGCCAUGGUGCAGUCGCUGCGAGAGAAGCACCCUGCUAGCACUAGCGAGGUACCACAGUGGGUCCGUGAUUUCAGCGUCGAUGCUCCUCAGCGGCCUCCACUCACGGCCGACAUCCUGGCCAGAACUAUCCAUACAGCCGCUCGCGCUUCAGCAGCAGGGCCAUCGGGGUGGGUCACGGAGCAUCUGCGCGACACCUUCCUCACUGAACCUUCCUGCCUUUCCCACCUGUUGGAGGUGUUCAACCAAUGGGUGGCGGGACAGGUCCCCGAGCGGGCUCGGCCCUGGCUUGCCGCAUCCAACCUAGUUGGGCUUUCCAAGCCUAACGGCGACGUCCGGCCGGUCGCGAUUGGGGAAGUGCUUCCGCGUAUCCUUGCUCGAGCUCUCUGCAUCUCGCUCCGCCCUACGAUGGCUUCCUACUUUCUGCCGUGCAACCAGAUGGGAGCGGGCACCAGGGCCGGACAGCAGGUGAUGGAGUCGGUGACUAGAGAGUUCAGGGACCUACUUUUCCUGAGCUACGCAGACGAUACCUAUAUCCUGGGACCGGCGGCUAGGAUUCUAGAGGCGUUUGGGGCGCUGCGGGAGCGGUUGGAAUGGGUGGGGCUGGAGGUGCAGGCGCACAAGUGCCGGUUUUGGGAGCGCGAGGGCGGGGAUGUGGAGCUGGCACUGCCAUUGGGGAUGCAGCGGGUGGAGGAGGGUCUCACUGUGGUGGGCGUGCCUAUUGGGGAGGAGGGUUGGGAGGUGACCCGUUUCAGCACGGCCGAUGUACCUGGCCCGGACUAUGCCGCCGCGUCCGGAGGUGGUGGAGGCCCCAGGCCGAUGUACCUGGCCCGGACUAUGCCGCCGCGCAUGCAGCUGCAUCUCCUUGUGCGACUCGGAGGGUUUGGGAUCCGGGCAGCAGCCUCUUUGAGUCCGCUGUCCUAUGUUUGUGGGUGGGCGCAGGCCGUGCGUGAUAUUGCACAGUUGGGGGUGGCGGGCGAGGAGGCGAUGUUUGCGGAGUACCUCACCACUUCGGCAGGGGCGGAGUUUCUUGACCCGUGGUUUGCCAAGGCUCUUGAGCAGCUGCCUGCGACUAUACGCCAGGAGAUGCCGGGCUUACCUCUGUGCGUAGCGGCCCCUCCUCUUCGGCUUUUCCAGGCGCGGCAGCGGUUGUUGGCGGUAGAGGAGCUCCAGACACUGCGUCGCUCGGCUCGUGACGAUGCCACCCUGGCCCGUUUCACAUCCCUUCAGGGCUCGGGGGCUGGUGCAUGGGUUUCGGCGGUUCCGGCUCACUCAGAUUUCACAUUCACGGCGGCGGAGUGGGGCAUUGCUGCUGCUACACGGCUCGGGCUCCCAAUUCAGCAGCUGCAGGUGGCGGGGAGGUGUGUUUGUGGCACAGCAUAUGUUGACCCAGCAGACCCGCAUCAUGCCCUGAGAUGGAAGCACCAGCAUGGUCCAUCUCGGGUACAUGAUGAGGUGAAGUUUGCGGUGGCGAAGAUCUCUAAGGCGUCUAGGGGGGUGGUGACAAUGGAGGAUAGUGUGGUGCUGCAGGGGAAGCGGGUUGAUGUGGCGGUGCGACGACCAAUGGCUGGAGAGGCUCACGCCCUGGAGAUCAGCGUCGCGGACCCGCUAUCGCUGUCUCCAUCUUUGCUAGGACAGUGCGGGCGUCAAAUAGGCGUGGCGGCAAGAGAAUGGGAGCGUCGUAAAACGAGCGAUUACGCGCCUCUGCUUGCACGCAACCGGGGCGUGCAGUUCACUCCUCUGAUAGUGGAGACGUGGGGGUGUCUCGGCGGUCGCUUUCGGAGGUGGCUUCGUCAGCAGGGAGAUGCGCACGUGGGGCUAGCUGUGUCGCGGGGGGCUUGUCGGGAGGACGACACUGUGUUUUCGGCUUAUCUUCUAGGGUCACUGAAGGCGCUCAUCGGGGUGGCGUUGCAACGUGCGCAAGCCCGUGUCAUCCUGCUUCGAGCGGCGUCUUCUAUGGGGGGGAUUAACGUUGACUUGGUGGACCGGGAGUGGGACGAUGGCGAUGCGGAAGGCGGGGCUCUCUGGGUGGAGGCCCCGUACAUGGUGGAUUCGCUGUUGUGA